AUGUCCUCCAACGACGGCAUCUCCGAGGACACGAUCACGUACAUCAAGGACAACAACAUUGGGCAGCUGAUGGAGUACAUCUUGCGUUGCAUCAUCACCGACAAGCCAACCAAACCGCUCCAAUAUGUACAUGAGUUGACGGCCUCGUCACUGCCGCCGAGGGUAGCCCUGGCUGGGCCGCCGGCAAGCGGCAAGGGCACGCAGGCGCACCACAUCUGCUCCUACUACAAGCGUGCGGUUGGCAAGAAGCCGGUGCACGUCUCAUCGGGUGAUCUUCUACGCGCUGAAGUGGCUCAGGGCACCCACCUGGGCAAGAUUGCCGAGAACUUCAUGCAGCGCGGUGAGCUCGUCCCGGAUAGCCUUAUCAUCAGCAUUAUCCGCAACCGACUGACGCAAGAGGAUGCGGUGAUGAACGGGUGGCUGCUGGACGGCUUCCCGCGCACCCGCCCUCAAGCGAUUGCGCUGGACGCCGCAGGCCUGUGCCCCCGCGUCUUUGUGGUCCUUGACACCCCAGAUGAUGUUUUAUUCGGCCGCGUCGAAGGUCGUCGCACCGACCCGGUCACCGGCAUGAUCUACCACCUCCAGUACAACCCGCCGCCGGCGGACGACACGGCGCUGCUCGAUCGGCUGCAGCACCGCGACGAUGACACCCGCGAGGUGCUUGGUCCUCGUCUGGAGACAUACCACUCCAUGGUCGAGGGUCUGCUGGACUACUACGGAUCCAUCAUGUAUCACGUCGACGGGAACCGAUCGGAGGCAGCCAUCACAAAGGACAUUACCGAGUACCUCCGAACCCACGAUGUUGCGUAG